AUACAUGUGCCAUGGAGUUACUCCCUUGUGCUUGUCCGAAGAACAGGUUUGUGAUGGGAAGGUACAAUGCCCCCAUGGCGACGAUGAGUUCUUCUGCAGUGUGGAUUACUCCCGCCCGUGCCGGGGUGAGCCGCGGGUCUGUCCCGCUCAUCCGUCAUCAUGCGUCGACCCGCCAGCCAUUUGUGACGGGUUUCCGGACUGCCCAUCAGGGGACGAUGAGGUUGCUUGCAAUGCAACAUCGUGUCCAUUGGAUUGUGAGUGCCAUUUUCUCUCGGUACGAUGUAAAAAGGUGAUAUGGAAUGCGGUUCAAGCUCAUAUGAUUCCAGAAGAUACGAGAAAGUUAUGGGUUGAGAAGUCUAGUGAACAAGAAAUGAACGAAACUGAAGGAGGGGAUCUGGUCAGCUUGGUCAGUUUGAAUUUCUCUCGACUCAACAACCUGAACAUGCUGAUAAUACGUUCUUUUCCUUUUACGGUGAUAAAGCCUGGCACAUUCGCUGAACUUCGGUUCCUUGUAUUCAUUGACCUGAUGAAAAAUAAGAUAUCUAAACUUCAAGCAGACACAUUUAAAGGUCUGAAACGUUUAAAGGAAAUGUACAUUUUCAUGAAUGGACUUCAGGCGAUAGAACCCGGGGCAUUCCGAGGUCUCGAAUCACUGAAAAUUAUGAUUCUGAUGUACAAUGAUAUCACACGGCUCAGUCAAGGGAUGUUCGAGGGUCUUAGCAACCUUGAAGACAUGUGA